AUGCUGAGCGCUGUCGCCGCUCGUAAAGCAGCGCAAGCUGCAAAGAAAAAGCCAGAGCCAACUCCUCCCGUGGUUCUGGAAGAAUCAGCACCGGUCCUAGUAGAACCACCCCGUCCACAGUCUGUCUCGAAACGGAAACCAUCGUCGCAGAAUGCCCCUACCUCCCGAAAGAAGAAGAAGAAAAAUCAUGACAGGCGACCAGAGCCUUCACGGUACUUUGAGGAGCCUGACCCGUUCCAGAUGCAAGAGAACAUCAUUUCCAUUGAUUCAGAUAUGUCCAAUGAAGGGGAUAUCGAACAGCCUGAGCGUGUCUUGCGGGGAUGGUCUCCUAGUGCACCACUAAACGAUUCUUCUGAGGAAGAGGAUGAAGGGCCGCCGCCGGUGCCAAUUUCUCAGCCGCAGCCACCACCACCGCCUGUUACUCCGGAGGAAAACGAUACGCUGUCGACAUUCCACCCCAUACGCGACCAAAACCACCUUUACUUUGACCCCCGACGAGCUGUGCUCCUUUGGACUGGCAAGUCCGACACAAUUUGUUUCUUGGGGGCAUACAAAUUAUAUGUUCUCCACGGGUCAAUCACGAUUUGUGGUACAACUCUUCAUUCAUCAGUUCGCGCGCACCAUGUGUUCGCCCCACGUUCUUCCCCUCUACCUGUUAUCGCAGUAGAACAUGAGAGUGUAGGGGGACCAUCAAAAACGGCGUCUCUCGCCGCACGUUUCCAACUUUUACUGGGGACUGCUGAUGCUUUAAUCAUCAUUCAAGAGCUGCAGACAAACGUUUCUGGCCUUGAAGUUGUAUGCAAAACGUUUGAUGGAGUGUUCGGUCCUUACCGGCGAAGGGAUGAGGAUGUAUUUGAUUUCCGUAUACCAGGUGUCCAUUUGGUCAGUCGGAGAACUAAGCACUAUGAACCGUUUUACCUGCCACCGUCGUGGUCUUCUGCCCUAUCCUCGGCUUCUUCAGUAGAGGCGGAUGCUUCCGAAAUGUACGUUGUGGAAGGACCAAAGAAGACGGGCAAAAGUACUUUUGCUAGGACCUUAGUGAACCAGCUUUUGACUAGAUACCAACGGGUCGCGUAUUUAGAAUGUGACAUAGGUCAAUCCGAAUUUACUCCUGGAGGUAUGGUUGCCCUAAACAUAAUAGAGUCCCCGAUUUUUGGCCCGCCGUUCACUCAUCCAACACUUCCUAUUCACGCCCAUUAUAUUGGCGCAACAACACCCAAGUCGUACCCGUCCCAUUAUUUAUCGGCCAUUCAGUCUCUAGUCCAGAUCUAUCGUCUCGAUAUCCAAAUACCUACUGACAUGGGUAUUGAAGGCGACGAUGACCGCGCCUGCGAUCGUAUCCCGCUCGUUGUCAAUACAAUGGGUUGGACGAAAGGUCUAGGUGCAGAUCUCCUCCAAAAGAUUCAUGCCAUGGUCGAGCCCACGCAGAUAUUCGAGUUUGAGGCCCCGAUAACUGAUAAUGCCUGGUCUACUCGAACUCGAACUCCAGCACAUCGUCUGAUCAAACCCAUACCCUCAUCGAACCUGUACUCCGCCGUAGACACGCGGACGCUAUCGAUAAUGUCCUACUUUCACGCCGUGUUUCCCUCAGCUAUAAACCCCGAUUCCUUCCGUCAGAUCACCGCCACGACGUGGAACACCUCCCUCCCCCUGUGUGCUAAGCGGCCGUACGAGGUGGAUAUCUCUGCUGCUGUGGAUCAAGUCAUUCUCACUGGGGCGGGUGCGGAGGACGUUCGGUCUUCGGAGAUACAGUGCGUACUUAACGGUGCAUUGGUGGGGCUCGUGAGUUGUGAGCCGGGGAGCGUGGAGGUACUUCCUGGUGGUAUACCGUAUACCCAGGGCGCCCUCCCUCCUGCUCCGCAAUCAUCAUCGUGCUACGGGGUCGCUCUUAUUCGAUCAUUAUCGCCUACUGUACUGCAUGUGCUGACACCUACCCCUCCACCUUCCCUACAUAAGACUCGGGUACUUGUAAAAGGCGAGAUGGAGCUUCCGAUUUGGGGUUUCUUGGACUUUCGGACUGAUAAUGAUGAGGUUGCGGGUGUGGAGAAGAGUAAGGUGCCAGUUCUUGCAGUGGGGGAAGAGAGAGGGGCUCGGUGCUGA